AUUUUUUGCCCCUGGUGGCAGCAAAGCAUUUGGAAAGUGAGUCACAGUGUUAGUGAGUCAUAUUCUCUUCAGGUCCUCUACAAAUGUCUGUGAAACGUCCUAAAAGACCUGAAUGAAGACAUUUUUUUCUCACUUCAAUUAAUAUUCAGAAAUAUUAACAGUUUGACUGCUAUAGCCUAAUGUUGAGUUUGUAGGCGGAAGCUUUAUGAUUAGACUAUCGUUGGUUGAAAGCGCCAUCUAGCGAAGAAGGACUCUAUUUUACUGACUUUAGUCAUUGAUUGCUUUCCACUGAGCCAUCCCUGACCAGUGUAGUGUUGACAAAGGGAAUCCGCUUUGAUGUAGUGAUUAAGGGAAUUUUUUCGUUCCUCUUGGCUCACGAUUGGCCGGUUGUGUUUGACCGUGGGUGGGGAAGCUGAGUGUGCCAAGGUGUGCGUAAAGGAUCAGUGCGUCCCUCUGCUCACUACCAGUCAGGUGGCGACCACACUCUGACCUCAUUGCUUGGUUUCUCUCCCGACUCUUCUCUGGACCAGAAUGGGAUAUUGAAAACGUGAUUUAUUACUCUGCGCUUUACUUAGUCUCAUCUUAAAGACAGAUUCAAGCAGGUCGAAGACAUGAGCGGUGUCACAGAUUGGGAGGAGGGGGGUGACAUUGUUCAUGAGGAAGUUCGAUCUUAUCCGUCUUGGUCAGAGGAGCGCUGCGAGGAGCUGUGGGAUCGUGUGGAAGGAGUACGACACAAGCUCACACGUAUCCUCAACCCGGCCAAACUCACCCCGUACCUGCGGCAGUGCAAAGUCAUUGAUGAACAGGAUGAAGACGAGGUGCUCAACUCUACGCAGUACCCUCUGCGCAUCAGCAAGGCCGGCCGGUUGCUGGACAUUCUGCGUGGUCAGGGCCAGCGAGGUCUUCAGGCCUUCAUGGAGUCACUGGAGUUUUACCACCCAGAGCAGUACACACAGCUGACUGGAGAACAACCAACACAGCGCUGCUCCCUCAUACUGGAUGAGGAAGGUCCGGAGGGUUUGACCCAGUUCCUACUGCUGGAGGUGCGUAAACUGAGGGAGCAGCUUCGUAACAGCCGUAUGUGUGAACGACGCCUGUCUCAGCGCUGUCGAAUGGCGGAGGAUGAACGCAGUCGCGCUGAACGUAAAGCUCAGGAGUUGCGUCAUGACAGACUGCAGCUGGAGAGGCUGCGUCAAGACUGCGAGUCGGCCAGUCGAGAGCUGGGCAAGCUGAAAGACAGACACCUGGAGCAGGCUGUGAAGUACUCCAGAGCCCUGGAGGAGCAAGGCAAGGCCUCCACCCGUGAGAGAGAACUACUGACGCAGGUAGAAGAACUUAAGUCCAGGUUGACAGAGGCAGAGAAACAAACAAUCGAUUCUCCGGGGAAUACUACGCCAGCCAGAAGAAACAGUUUGCUCUCUAAUGGCGGACAUGGUCCUCCACCUGCUUUACCAGAAAAGCCGCUGCACCGUAUUGAGAUUCAGAAAGCUGAGAGUACAGGAACGCAGAUGAAGGACUCAGUUCCUACCACUGGAGUCAUAGCCCUGAUGGAUAUCCUGCAGCAGGACCGCAGGGAGGCUGCAGAGCAGAGGCAGGAGCUCUGCGAUAUCAUCUCCAGAAUACAGGGGGAGCUACAGAGCACCGAGGAGUACAGGGACAAGCUGGAGUCGCAUUGCGAGCAGCUACAGCUGAAGGUGAGGACUCUCCAGCUGGACUGGGAGACUGAGCAGAAGAGGAGCAUGUCCUAUUUUAACCAGGUCAUGGAGCUAGAAAAGGAGAGGGACCAGGCUCUGCGUAGUCGGGACAGCCUGCAGUUGGAGUACACUGACUGUCUCCUGGAUAAGAAUCGUCUGCGUAAACGCAUCGCAGAGCUGCAGGCCAACCUGGAGCAGCAGUACAGGGAGCUGGAGAGAGAAAGGGAGAGGAGCCGGGAGAAAAUGGAUCAGAGCAGCUCCUGUCUGCACUGCUCCCACCUGUCUCUGUGCAGUGAAGACCAGUGCUACGGCCCCUGCUGUUCCCUCGGCCUGGACCUGAGCCCCCAGGCCAAAAGCACCCACAGGCUGCUUAGAAAGGCGCCCUCUAGAGGCCAAGCCAAUGACAACUCAGAGGAUUCUCGUUCCAACUCAGAGGAGAAUCUGCUGUCGUCAGCAGAAGACAAUGAAAAGGAAAUAAAUCGCCUCUCCACAUUCCCCUUUCCUCCUUGUAUGAACUCCAUCAACCGACGAUUCAACACAGAGUUUGACUUGGACUCCUGGGGCAGUGAUGAGAAUGAUAACAUAACAGGUGAGCAGAGUGAACCUUCUUUGUGGGAUUCGUGGAACUCCCUACACUCUCAUCCCUUCCCCCCUGACCUGGUCAACCUUCCCGCAGUCUCUACAAAUGUCCCCAACCCCAGCGUUCCCAGGAUACCCCCCGUCUCCCCGUCUUCAAGUCCCCCUACCUCACCAAAGCACGGAAGAGCCAGCCUAGCUGAUGAUGUUACAAUAGUCGGAGGAAACCGAACGGGGAUCUUUGUCAGCCAUGUGAGAGCUGGUUCCACAGCGGAACAAUGUGGACUGAAGGAGGGCAGCGAGCUGCUGGAGCUGGAGCGGGUUCUGUUUGGUGGGGGAAGUGUACUGCUGGGCCAGUGCACUGCUGAGGUAGCCCACUUUUCUCUACAGUGGUGGACUGAGCCUUCAUCACUCAAACACCAGAGCAACCCAGAGGCAUACUCCGAGCUGUGCUCCCAGAUCUCAUCACCUACUUUCACGGGUGCUGACUCCUUCUAUGUGCGUGUCAAUCUCAGCAUUGAGCCUCUCGGGGACCCACCAUCUCUGGGUGUGUCUUGUGAUGACAUCUUACAUGUCACAGACACAAGGUACAAUGGGAAAUACAACUGGCGCUGUUCGCUGGUGGACCCACGCACAGCCAAGCACCUGCAGGCAGGAACCAUGCCCAACUAUAACAGGGCACAGCAGUUGUUACUUGUAAUGCUACGGAAAAUGGCCCUGGAGCAAAAAGACUUCAAGAAGAAGGUGUUUUUGAAGAAAACAUCUAGCAGUGUUCGAUUGGUCAAGGCAGCAGACCCCAGUUGCCGUGGGAUUAAUUCCACACAGCAGGUCCUUUACACACUCAGCAAACGUCACGGUGAGCACUUGAUCCCGUACAGUUUAGUGCAGCCGGUGCAGGUUCAGACCAAGCGGCCAGUCAUUUUCUCCCCCUCCCUUCUGUCCCGCGGUCUCAUAGAGAGACUGCUGCAACCCGCAGAGUCUGGUUUGAACUUCAACACCUGCCCACCAGAGCCUAUUCAGGCUUCUGAGAGACAAGACAAAAGAGUAUUCUUGCUGGAUUCCUGCACUCCAGAGCAGGCUCUGGGCAUACGGUUGCAGUCAAUACAGGAUGUCAUCAGCCAGGACAAGCACUGUCUGCUAGAGCUGGGGCUGCCCAGUGUUGAGGGCUUGUUGAGACAGGGGAUUUACCCUAUCGUCAUUCACAUCCGCCCUAAGAACAAAAAACACAAGAAGCUGAGGAAGUUUUUUCCACGGUGUGGGGACGAUGGUGUGAUGGAGGAGGUGUGCCAGGCCGAGGAGUUACAGCUUGAGACGCUGCCCUUGCUUUACUACACCUUGGAGCCCAACACCUGGAGCUGCACUGAAGAGCUGCUGGCAGCCAUACGCAAUGCCAUCAUUAGCCAGCAGAGUGCAGUAGCAUGGAUUGAACUGGAUAGGCUGCAGUAGAGGAGAGAACAUACAGAAAUACAGAAUGUGUUUGUCGUCUGCAGCACAAACUAGAUUCUCCUGUCUGUGAGUAAAUGAUCUGGCAGCUGCCAGAACGCACCAAACCACAGCCAGGUUUCUAUGUUUUUCAUUUAUAUAGCCAAGCUGGACUGGCUACGAAUAGUGAAAUGUUAAAUUAAAAAAUAAAAAAUAAAAAAAACAGAAAAAGACAUGACCUAGAUAAAUAAGGCCAAGUACAUGACGAUACAGACAUACCUGUAGUUAGCUUCUUUUAUCAACAGGAAUUUUGUCAUGAUGCUUGAUUUUUCCAUCCAAAGAGCUUACAACACUUACAUUUUUAUUAUAUAACUGUAUUUUGCUCAAGGGGUCACACAAGGUGCUCAUUUAUAAAGGUAUUUGUAUCACUGGUCAUUCAUUGUUGUUUGGAGCAGGAAGUAAAGCUGUGAGGGUGAUACAAAGAGACUCAAAGGUAUGGGUGAAGGUGAUAGUUGUAUGUAUCAUGUACACUGACAUAAUCUUUGGUGUAGAUCACAUUUAAAAGUAUGAAACUGAUAUUACUGUAGUUAUAUUAACUUUUUUUAAAGUGUAAAUUGUUUGAUAUUUUUUACUUACACUACAUUGCAUAGCAGAGUCUCUGGUUUACUGUGGCCAAAUGGUUUUGUUUUUCCACUGACAAAUCUUCUUUUCUUCUGUAACCAGU